AUGAGCCUCUCCAUGAGAGAUCCGGUCAUUCCUGGGACAAGCAUGGCCUACCAUCCGUUCCUACCUCACCGGGCGCCGGACUUCGCCAUGAGCGCGGUGCUGGGCCACCAGCCGCCCUUCUUCCCCGCGCUGACGCUGCCUCCCAACGGCGCGGCGGCGCUCUCGCUGCCGGGCGCCCUGGCCAAGCCCAUCAUGGAUCAGUUGGUGGGGGCGGCCGAGACCGGCAUCCCUUUCUCGUCCCUGGGGCCCCAGACACAUCUGAGGCCUCUGAAGACCAUGGAGCCAGAAGAAGAAGUGGAGGAUGACCCCAAGGUGCACCUCGAGGCCAAAGAGCUUUGGGAUCAGUUCCACAAGCGUGGCACGGAGAUGGUCAUUACCAAGUCGGGAAGGCGAAUGUUUCCUCCAUUUAAAGUAAGGUGUUCCGGGCUGGAUAAAAAAGCCAAAUAUAUUUUGUUGAUGGACAUUAUCGCUGCUGAUGACUGUCGGUAUAAAUUUCACAAUUCUCGGUGGAUGGUGGCGGGAAAAGCUGACCCCGAAAUGCCGAAGAGAAUGUACAUUCAUCCCGACAGCCCCGCUACAGGGGAACAGUGGAUGUCCAAAGUUGUCACUUUCCACAAACUGAAACUCACCAACAACAUUUCGGACAAGCACGGAUUUACUUUGGCCUUCCCAAGUGAUCAAGCAACGUGGCAGGGGAAUUAUAGUUUUGGUACUCAGACUAUAUUGAACUCCAUGCAUAAAUACCAGCCCCGGUUCCACAUUGUGAGAGCCAAUGACAUCUUAAAACUUCCUUAUAGUACUUUUCGGACGUACUUGUUCCCCGAAACCGAAUUCAUCGCAGUGACCGCAUACCAGAAUGAUAAGAUAACUCAGUUAAAAAUAGACAACAACCCUUUUGCAAAAGGUUUCCGCGACACUGGAAAUGGCAGGAGAGAAAAAAGAAAGCAGCUCACCCUGCAGUCCAUGAGGGUGUUCGAUGACAGACACAAAAAGGAGAAUGGCACCUCGGAUGAGUCCUCCAGCGAACAGGCCGCCUUCAACUGCUUCGCCCAGUCGUCCUCUCCGGCUGUCUCCACCGUAGGGACAUCCAACCUCAAAGAUCUGUGUCCCAGCGAGGGUGAGAGCGACGCCGAGGCAGAAAGCAAAGAGGAGCACGGCCCGGAGGCUUGCGACGCGGCCAAGAUCUCCACCACCACGUCGGAGGAUCCGUGCCGGGACAAGGGCAGCCCGGCGGUCAAGGCGCACCUCUUCGCGGCCGAGCCCGGCGGCCGGCCCCGGGACAGCGGGCGGCUGGACAAGGCGUCGCCCGACUCGCGCCACAGCCCGGCCACCAUCUCGUCCAGCACCCGCGGCCUGGGAGCCGACGAGCGCCGGAGCCCGGGCCGCGAGGGCGCGGCCACGUCCAAGGCCGAGGAGGCGCGCGCGCUGCCGGGCAAGGAGGCGUUCGCGCCGCUCACCGUGCAGACGGACGCGGCCGCCGCGCACCUGAGCCAGGGCCCCCUGCCCGGCCUCGGCUUCGCCCCCAGCCUGGCCGGCCAGCAGUUCUUCAACGGGCACCCGCUCUUCCUGCACCCCGGCCAGUUCGCCAUGGGGGGCGCCUUCUCCAGCAUGGCAGCCGGCAUGGGGCCCCUGCUGGCCACCGUGUCCGGGGCCUCCACCGGCGUCUCGGGCCUGGAUUCCACGGCCAUGGCCUCGGCCGCCGCGGCGCAGGGACUGUCGGGGGCGUCCGCGGCCACCCUGCCCUUCCACCUCCAGCAGCACGUCCUGGCCUCUCAGGGCCUGGCCAUGUCGCCUUUCGGAAGCCUGUUCCCUUAUCCCUACACGUACAUGGCGGCCGCCGCGGCCGCCUCCUCGGCGGCAGCCUCCAGCUCUGUGCACCGCCACCCGUUCCUGAACCUGAACACCAUGCGCCCGCGGCUGCGCUACAGCCCCUACUCCAUCCCCGUGCCAGUGCCGGACAGCGGCAGCCUGCUCACCACCGCCCUGCCGUCCAUGGCCGCGGCCGCGGGGCCCCUCGACAGCAAGGCCGCCGCCCUGGCCGCCAGCCCGGCCUCGGUGCCCGUGGACUCGGGCUCGGAACUCAACAGCCGCUCCUCCACGCUCUCCUCCAGCUCCGUGUCCUUGUCGCCCAAACUCUGCCCGGAGAAGGAGGCGGCCACCAGCGAACUGCAGAACAUCCAGCGGCUGGUCAGCGGCCUGGAAGCCAAGCCCGACAGGUCCCGCAGCGCAUCCCCCUAAACCCCUCCCCAGAAAAGUCUCUUCAUUCCAGUCCAGUCCAGUCCAGUCUGCAGUGCACUUUGUUGGAUGUCAAAUAAACCACGGGCAUGCAGUGAGGUCAGCCUUUCUUUGUGCAGCCCUGUCUGGGAAGGGGUGCCGUACUCCCUGGAGAGAAUAUGCUAGAAACAGGCCCUGUCUUCUUGGCGUGGUUUAUACAUCCGGGAUCUGGCUCAGAAACGUCGGUUGCAUUGAGCUCUUGGGGGUGGGAAUUAAAGCCUUGGCGGCCAGAGUACCUCCUUUGAGGCUGCUCUGGAAGCUGUGGGAAGAUCAAGGCGGCCAGGCCCCAGGAAGGGAGGUGUUGAAAAGCACCCCCUACCCCCAGUGCAGAUUUAUAUAUAUUUUUUCCUUCACCGUGUCAAGUGGAAACACAAAAUUGAAAAAAAAAAAUACCGGCGACAAAUGGAUAUGUUAACAUGAUUCUGUUUAUGAAGAUUAAGAACUUUCUAGUGACCUGCGUAUCAGUUCUAAAUACAUUACUGGGCAGCAUUGUUUGGUGAGGGAAGUCCCUACCAUCCUUGUUUAGUCUCUAUUAAGGAAAUCUGUGUGUUUUUAAUAUUCUUGUGAUGUUUUAAGAGCUGUAGGUCUCUUCUUGCAUGUUCCACAGUCAUGUAUUUGUGGGUUUUAUUUUUGAAUGCUUGCUUUUAGAGAGAAAAGAACAUGACCCCUCACCCUUUUCUCCACAACCCCAAGGGGGAUGAUUUAAAGGGAAGGGGUGGGGAAAACACGAAAAAUGAAUUUAUUUUAUCUAAGCUCUGUAGCAGGAUUCAUGUUGUCUCUCUGGCAGUUCUUUCUCUUUCCUGUAUAUGCAAUAACAAGGUUUUAAAAAAAAUAAUAAAGAAGAAGCGAGACUAUUAGACAAAGUAUUUAUGUAAUUAUUUGAUAACUCUUGUAAAUAGGUGGAAUAUGAAUGCUCGGAAAAUUAAACUUUAAUUUAUUGACAUUGUACAUAGCUCUAUGUAAAUAGGAUUGCAGCUGUCAGGUUUUGUGGUUUUGUUUUCCUAUAGUCAGUUUUAUUUCAAGGUCACAGGAUCGCUUUUAAAAGUAGGAAACACACUUUCUGCACCGACACCAACACACUUUUCAAAAGAGUUGUCUGCACAGAAAUUUUUUUUUUCUUUUUUAAUAUCCAAAAAUUGGGAAAAGUGCUAUUGCCUAUUGUAGCGAAAAUUGGGGGAAGUGGUGCCCCUUCCCAGCCCCACCUGAAAUUCCUGAGUGGUUCUGAGAUUGCUUGGGGGGUUGGGGGUGGGGAGUGCAGAGGCUGUGGUUUGUCUAAUUUUUCUUUUCGUAUUUGUAUUUGCUAGUCUCUGAUUUCUUCAAAACAAAGUGGAAUUGACUACUUACUGUCUUCAGUGUUGAUGGUGUUUUGAAAUGGUGCCUAUAGAGAUAUAUAUUCACAGUUCCAAAGUCAGGUGCUGAGAGCUGGUUUAAAGACAAAAAUUCAUGAAGGUAUAUUUUGUGUUAUAAUUGUUGAUGAGUUCUUUGGUUUUCUGUAUUCCCCCCCCCCUUAAAAAUAUCAUUGAAAUUUCAAUAAAUUUUUAUUGA